AUCAAAGUGAGAUCUCGGGACAGAUUCAUCCAUAGUAUUGCAUCUUUCAUAUGUAUGUGUAACGCUGCUCGUAUGUUUGCUUUUAACAUUCAACCUUGUGCGUAUGUUUUGCGAACGGUCGAUCGAGUUGAACAGUUUAGCUGACGUGCAGUAGUUAGCGAUUUCCCGAUUCCCACUUCCGACGGGGAAAUGAUAGUACCACUCGAGCCAAACAUUGAAAACGAACGACCGAUGAAACUUCUAUCGAAACGAAACAUGAAACGAAAUACCAGGUGCAAUUUCCAUACCCAGUACGGAUGUUAGUGCGUGCCAAAAGCGAACAGAAGCAGCCACAAUCGUGCAUAAAACCGAAUUCUCACAACGCGCACCGUGGAUAGCGGAAAACCAGCGCCUCAGUGGGAAGAAAAAAAGUGAGAGUCAAAAAUUGCUCUAAAGAAAAGGACCUGCCACAUACUGAACUCAACAACUUUUCCCAAGAUAUCCGCUACUCGAUCCUGGAGUAAGCAGAAGAAAACCCAAGGAAUAGUGUAGUAAGGAUACUCAAGUGAAGCAGUGAAUUUAAUUUCUCACAUCGAUCCAGUAGUGCCCUCCACAGGGAUCUGAUAUAACCUAGAGUGUGGAUUUGUGCGACAGCUGAGUGUGAUAGUUUUGACGAGGACGGACAGCCAGGCUAGAAAACAACACAGCAGUAACACGUACACGUACCUCACGUUUUGCGUGUGCAUGUGUGGAAAGAUAGAAACGAUACGCACAUUAAGCAUCGUGAGGCCUCGUGAUCUAGGUUAGGUUUUGUCGACGGUAACCAAAAGUGGUAUCCGUACGGCCAUCUCACCCCUCCCCCAAUACGUGCAGACGACGUGUUGCAACCGAACCAGAUCGAGUGACUGUGUGUUUGUUUGGCAUCGGCCAGGAAAUCGCGAUUCAAACACAUUGCAGGUAUCUGGUGCUGUAGUGUGUGGCGCCACCGUCACGAUGAUGAUCAUAUCCGCUACAGACCCGCUAUGAUCCUGUGCGAUUGGAAUCGCGUCAUCUGCCGUCGCAUUAUCGUACAGUUAUUGUGAUGAAUCGACCAGCACCAGUGUUGAUAUAUCAAUACGACGUAGACGAGGACAACGACAACGAGCACAGAGUGUGUUGCAAAUGCGUAGUGGAUCAGCCAACUGCGAUCGAUAGCAGCGCGGUGCAACAUAUAUCAGAUAUUGCUUAUUAUUACGAUUGCGACGACGACGGUGAUUAUCACCAUCACAAUUGGUUGUGGCAGCAUCAUUUGCAGCAGCGGCGGCAGCUUUGGACCACAAGCUGCUCGGUGGUUUAGUACGAAAAGAAAUGAAAGAUGUCGCACGCGGCGGCAAUGCAGGCGGGCGGCAGUUUGGCCGCGACGGCCGCUCGUGCCGAUAGUACACACAUUAGCGGUGGUCGAUACGACUUCGAAGACGGUGGAACAUUCUGUGGUGGCUGGGAAGAUAACAAAGCCCACGGCCACGGAGUUUGUACGGGUCCAAAGAACAAAGGUGCUUAUUCCGGAGCAUGGCAUUACGGUUUCGAGGUAUCGGGGAUAUAUUGUUGGCCAAGUGGCUCAACAUACGAGGGACAUUGGCAAAAUGGCAAAAGACAUGGGCUGGGUAUUGAGGUUAGAGGCAGAUGGGUGUACAGAGGCGAAUGGACGCAAGGUUUCAAGGGCCGGUACGGUGUGCGACAAAGUGCAUCAUCGACAGCCCGGUAUGAGGGAACAUGGGCUAACGGGCUGCAGGAUGGGUACGGUUCGGAAACGUACGCUGAUGGAGGCAGCUACCAAGGACAGUGGCAGCGGGGUAUGCGGCAUGGAUAUGGUGUCCGCACAUCGGCUCCAUUCGGCAUGGCCGCUCGGUUUCGGCCAAAGUCGGUCCGCGUGUCGAUGACCUCGCUGCGGAGUACCGACGGCGGCAAUCAGGCACCAACGCCAGAUCCGGGCGAAAAGCGCAAUCAUCGGAUCGAUGAUGCGCGUGGUGGUUUUGUGUUAAAGGCGAAAUCCGACGAAACACCCGUCCGCCGCAACAGUUUGGUAGAAAAAACGAAGAAAGGACUUUUAUCGGGACUCAAAAUUAGGAAACAAAAAAGUACGGGCGAUUUGGAAAAACGUGGCACAGGCACGGGUAGCAUUCGGUCUACGGCGUCGACCGCAUCCUGGUUGAGUACGGAAUCUUCACAAUCAGGAAUGACAAAUAAGACAAUGCACACGGAUUCCAAUGCAAGCUUUAUAGUAGAGGACGAACAGUUGGAUGCGAGCGUGGUGGAAACGUAUAUGGGCGAGUGGAAGAAUGAUAAGCGAUGUGGAUAUGGUAUUUCGGAGCGUAGCGAUGGAUUAAAGUAUGAAGGAGAGUGGUAUGCAAAUAAGAAGUACGGUUACGGUGUAACUACAUUUAAGGAUGGCACGAAAGAGGAAGGCAAAUACAAGAACAACGUGUUGAUCACGAGUCAGAAGAAAAAGCAUCUAUUCUUGAUCCGUUCGGCCAAGUUCCGCGAACGGAUAGAUGCGGCAGUUGACUCGGCCCAGCGCUCCUCUAAGUACGCACUACAGAAAGCGGACAUUGCGAUAUCGCGCACCGCUACCGCACGCGGCAAAGCCGAACUGGCCGAUGCGGCCGCAGAUGAGGCGCGUUCUGAAUCAGAUCUAGCGAUACGAAUCGCACGUGACUUUGCUCCCGAUUUUAAUCCGUCCCUGCUGGAGCGGUUCGAUCGCUUGCGGCGCAACCGUGUCUACCCACUGCCGGACAGUGUGAAGCUGAAUGAGUUGCCCGGUGGCCGACUCGGUCAGGACGAGUACGGUGCCCACAGCCAGCUACACAACCAUGCCAACAAAAAGGAGUUAGAGCUGGCUAAUAUGAAGAACGCACUGAACAGUCCUUUCGGGAUGAGUGGUGGACAUGCGGGGGCUACCAACCAGCGCAUGUCGAAUUACUAUGACCAAAAAGGACAAAACACAAACAGCUCUAUCAUGGGGGGUCCAAAUGGGCCGAUUGGUGGUGUAAUGCAUCAAACGUCGAUGGCCCACUACGGUUCGUCGAUGGGACCGAGCCACGACCAAGGGCGGCUAAUGGACGAUGGGCUGCAGUCGAUAUAUGGUCGGCAACCGUCCUGCCCGAACUCACAACAGUGCGGUCCCGGUAGUGGUAGUGGUGGUCCUUCUGCCAACUACUACGGAGCGGGUGCAGUUACUAAGUCGGCCACCGGCGGUACACCGUCGAACGAGAAAUUUUCCUACCAACAGUCGAGCUUACAGUUGCGGGACGAACCCACUCUCGGUGGCAUUACGAGCCCAAGACGAACGUCCACGCUGCAGCACGCAAACACGUCGAUGUACAGCGAGUCAGUCAAACAGAUGAACUCUCGUCCAGCUCCAUCGCUCGGGGCGAUCGGUAGCCAAUCAUCGAUAGAUUACUUCGACCAUUACAAGCGACCGCCCAGCAGAGAUGGAUCGGUAGAUCGGUACACGCGUGCCGCUAGUAAGCUGGGCGGUGCAGGCGUCAGUUCACGUCAACCGUCCGUUGAGAAAACGGGACCGGUAUGUAUGACAAAUUCGGGAGGCGUGGAUGGUGGUGAAGUUACCGAACGGAUCGGUACGUUACGACGUGGUUCGCAGAUAAUAUCGGGUCCAGCGACUACCAACGGUUCCAUCCAGGUGAAUAUCGGCAUAGGUAAUGGUAGUGUACGGCCGGGAUCGAGAGCGACUACCCCAUUGCAUCAACACAGCCCGGACAUGUGCCAGCAAUCGCAGCAACCAUUCGAGGACGUUUUGCUUCGGCAACGAACCCUCGGACAGGACAUUAUUCCUUCGCUUACGCAGCCAAAGCGCACCGAAAGUCUUUACCUAUCGAAACCGGCUAUCAACAGUGUUCCGAUGGGCGGUGGAGGUAGCAGUGGUUUCGGUGGAGGAGGCAUGAGAUCGAGAGGAGGUGGAGGUGGAGGUGGAGGAGGAGGCAACGGUAUGGCAACGUUUAGUAGGGAGCCAAAGAGUAUUCCAGUAAAUGCAACUCUACAGAGGAAGAAAUCAUUACCAGACGUACAACAACUACCGUUCUCAACCGGUGUCAUGAGCCGAGAGGAGGUGUCGAUUCUUGGUUCUGCUCGGCGCGAAGAGGUUCGGCGACUGAGAGAUGAGCAGGAACGCUUAAGAGUUAAUCCACUGCUGUAUCUGGUCAGUCCACAAGUGAGGGAUUGGUUCUCGCGUCAGCAACUAGUUAUGUUAGUGCUGAUCGUUAAUAUUGCCUUGGCUAUUUUAUUCUUUAAAAUACUCACAUAGCGUUGGCUCAGUCCAUGUUUGCAUUUCAGCAUGUUUCUAAGAGAGGUGGCACUAUAGAAUAGCCGAGAGCAGAAAUGAGGAUAAUAUUUAAACGAACAUUAUGGGAUAACUCUUGUCGCAGCAGUGUACGCAACCGAGAAAAAAUACAGAUAAAAAAUGUCCUUCAAAUCAAACAAAUCCAAUAAAAUCAAGCUAAUACUCGCACACACACUGAAUAGAAACAUAAACUAAACGCCUAACAUCCACAAUAUACAUAACACCCAGAAGUAAGAGAAAAGAGAGACGAAACUAUUUUCCGCCGGUGCAUCUUUGCGAAAUGCGACCAGUUUCUUUGCAACGUGACUUUCGAAGCCAAAGGCGAAAACGUCGUUGUGGUACACUGAAGUAGCAAAAGUAAAGGAGGAUGACAAAUAUUUCAAGCAAAGUGAUGUUUAACGAGAUGUUUAAGUGAGGCAAUCAAUUAGCGAGCAGCAUCAAGAUGGAAUCAAUAAAAUUGUUUAUCUUUGUGCAUCAAUCAUCAACCUUCGCAAUUACGAUCCAUCCUUUACCUACGUAAAAUAUAUUUAUAAAAUCAAACAAAUGAAACAUACAAUUAAACGUAACACCGAUAUAGAGCUCAGCAGGGGAAGCAGAAAAUCAGACAGACGAAAAGAAAAAUAGAGAGUACGAAAUCCAGCUAAUUACGCCAUUGUGACGAUGUGUGUUUGGUGCAAAAAGAUUGGAUAUGAAAAAAAACGGAAUUAAAAAAAAAAACAAAAAUAAAUAAAAAUACUCCAAAUAAACAAACUUUGCAAACGAAAAUACUGAACCAAACCUUUUCAA